AAAAUUUCUUUUUGGUGCUUCUCUCUCUCUCUCCCAAAGCUAAGAGAAGUCCUAAAGAAGAAAGCUUUAUCUUACACGAGAGACCUAAAAUAGAGAGAGAAAGAUUGAGAGGGAUGUUCAUAAAACCCUAAUUCCAUGCAUUUUAAAUGAAACCCAGAUCCAAUCCCGAGCCCUAGAUUCCCUAAUUAGCAUCAAUUUUUGAACUUCUUUUCUUUGUUUCGGGGAAUUUCCAUUUCUGUUUCCAAUGGCUGAAUUAGGGCAACAAACAGUGGACUUCUCGAGUUUAGUGAGUCGAACAGCCGAGGAAUCGUUCACGUCAUUGAAAGAACUCGUGGAGAAAUCUAAAUCAAGCGACCAAUCGGAUACGGAGAAGAAGAUCAAUCUCCUUAAGUAUAUAGUCAAGACCCAGCAACGGAUGCUGAGACUCAAUGUUCUUGCUAAGUGGUGUCAGCAGGUUCCACUCAUACAGUAUUGCCAGCAACUGGCAUCUACUUUGUCAAGUCAUGACACAUGUUUCACCCAGGCUGCGGACUCAUUAUUCUUCAUGCAUGAGGGGCUACAGCAAGCUCGCGCCCCUGUGUACGAUGUUCCAUCUGCUGUUGAAGUUCUACUCACAGGAUCUUAUGAGCGUUUACCAAAAUGCAUAGAAGAUGUGGGUAUGCAAAGCUCAUUAACUGAAGAUCAGCAGAAGCCGGCUUUGAAAAAGCUGGACACACUUGUUCGCUCUAAAUUACUUGAAGUUUCAUUGCCCAAGGAAAUAUCUGAAGUGAAAGUUGCUGAUGGCACCGCUUUGAUUCGUGUAGAUGGAGAAUUUAAGGUGUUAGUUACUCUUGGUUAUCGUGGACAUCUAUCAUUGUGGAGGAUUUUGCAUUUAGAAUUACUUGUUGGUGAGAGAAGCGGGCUUGUGAAACUAGAACAGAUGAGAAGGCAUGUUCUUGGAGAUGACUUAGAGCGCAGAAUGUCUACAGCAGAGAAUCCAUUUGCUACCUUAUACUCGGUUCUGCAUGAGCUCUGUGUUGCACUUGUUAUGGACACCGUCAUAAGGCAAGUACAGGCACUUCGGCUAGGGAGAUGGAAAGAUGCUAUACGCUUUGAGCUGAUAUCUGAUGGAGGAAGUGGUGGUUCCUCACAGCUGAAUCAAGAUAAUGACUCUGAUUCAGCUGCUCAACGAACACCAGGAUUGAAACUUGUCUAUUGGCUAGAUUUUGAUAAAAACUCAGGUGCUUCGGACACAGGAUCUUGCCCAUAUAUAAAAAUUGAACCUGGACCAGACCUGCAGAUUAAGUGUCAACAUAGCACAUUUGUUAAAGACCCAUUAACUGGCAAGGAGGCAAGUUUCUUCCUUGACCAAAGUUGCAUUGAUGUGGAAAAGCUGCUAUUAAGAGCUAUAUCAUGCAACAGAUAUACUCGUCUACUGGAAAUUCAGAAAGAGCUGAUGAAAAAUGUUCAUAUCUUCCGAGAUGCUAGCGAUGUUGUUCUCCUUUCGCAGGCUGAUGAACCUGAUAGUGAGCAUAGAAAGGAGGAUGCUAAGCUUGACAAUAAGGAACAUGAGGGGCAGGAAUUAUUGCGUGUCCGUGCUUAUGGCUCAUCAUAUUUUACCCUUGGAAUAAAUAUAAGAAAUGGCCGUUUCCUUCUCCAGUCAUCCCAAAAUAUUCUUUCAUCUUCAGCAUUGUUAGAGUGUGAAGAAACACUAAAUCAAGGAACCAUGACAGCAGUUGAUGUUUUUUCAAGCUUGCGGAGCAAAAGUAUAAUACAUCUAUUUGCUGCUAUUGGAAGAUUCUUAGGCCUUGAAGUCUAUGAACAUGGUUUUGCUGCAGUGAAAGUGCCCAAGAACCUUGUUAAUGGUUCUUCUGUAUUAAUAAUGGGGUUUCCAGAAAGCGAGAGUUCUUAUUUUCUCUUGAUGGAACUUGAUAAGGAUUUCAAGCCUCUUUUUAAACUGUUGGAGACUCAGCCAGAUCCAUCAGGGAAAGGUCAUUCAUUUAAUGACUUAAAUAAUGUGUUGCGCAUCAAGAAAAUAGAUAUAAGCCAGAUGCAGAUGCUUGAAGAUGAAACAAAUUUGAGCAUACUUGAUUGGCGAAAAUUGCUUCCAUCCUUGCCUAAUGUUGGGGGUCCAGAUCAAAUAUCUGAACAUGAUGUGUUAAACCUCGAUGGUUCUAUGCAGGUUCCUGGGGGUCCUUCAUCAAGCUUUUCAUCUAUUGUUGAUGAAGUUUUUGAAAUUGAAAAGGGGACAUCUGCAACUCAGUUUCCUUCUCAGAAAAUUUCUUCGUUCAGUUCAUCUCCUGCGUCUCAUCUUACUUCUGUCCCAAUGAAUCUUCAUAGUGUAAAAGCUGGAACCCCCUCUCCAAAGUGGGAAGCGGGUUUGCAGGUCUCACAGCAUAAUAAUGUUGCAAAACCAUCAGGAAGAAGCACAUCUGCAAAGAAACUAUCUGCUUCAAAAUCUGAGCAGGAUCUGGCUUCUCUUAGAUCUCCUCAUUCAGUUGACAAUGGAGUAUUGGAUGAAGAUCAGUUGAGAUUACCAAAUGAUACUUCAAAGGACACACUCUCAGCAAGUAGGUCAUCUCGACUAUUGUCUCCACCCAGACCAACCCUUCCUCGAGUCAUUGCACAAAAUGCGAAGCCUAAUGGGCCUAGAAGCUCAUCUGCUGGAAAUCUAACUGCAGCUGUUAGGUUUUCUGGAUCAAGCCCAUUGGCUUCACCUCCCGUAUCCCAAGCAGCAGAAACUAAAAUUUGCCAUGGCCCUUCUCAUGAUGCUUCCAAACAUGACCAAAAUCCACGAAAGCGUAAAAUUUCAAAUUUAUUGAGCUUGAUUCCCUCUCUCCAAUAUAUAGAGGCCGAUGCAGGAUUCUCUAAGAGAAGAAAAACCUCUGAUGUGGCUUGUACUCAGCAGCCUACAUCUCAGGUGCUUAAAUCUUCAGAAAUAAUCUCUAAAUCUGAAACAUACAGUUAUGGUAAUCUUAUAGCUGAAGCAAAUAAAGGCAAUGUACCUUCUGGCAUAUAUGUUUCUGCUCUUCUUCACGUGGUUAGGCAUUCUUCACUAUGUAUUAAACAUGCCAAACUCACUAGCCAGAUGGAGGAACUGGACAUUCCAUAUGUUGAAGAAGUGGGUUUAAGAAAUGCAUCCUCGAAUAUAUGGUUCCGGCUUCCAUGUUCCCAAGGUGAUUCCUGGCAACAUAUCUGCUUGCGACUUGGCAGACCUGGAAGCAUGUACUGGGAUGUCAAAAUCAAUGACCAACACUUCAGGGACUUGUGGGAGCUUCAGAAAGGAAGUACUAGUACACCUUGGGGCUCUGGCAUACGCAUAGCUAAUACAUCUCAUGUGGAUUCACAUAUUCGUUAUGAUCCAGAUGGUGUUGUUCUUAGUUAUCAAUCUGUUGAGGCAGAUAGUAUUAAAAAGUUGGUGGCUGAUAUACGAAGGCUCUCUAAUGCUAGAACAUUUGCCCUGGGGAUGUGGAAACUGCUCGGGGUUAGAGCAGAUGACAAGCCUGAAGAAGGCAAUGCAAACUCUGAUGUUAAAGCACCAGCUGGCGGCAAAGGACCUACUGAGGCUGUCGAUAAGUUAUCAGAACAUAUGAGGAGGUCUUUCAGAAUUGAGGCAGUAGGAUUGUUGAGUUUGUGGUUUUGCUUUGGAUCAGGUGUCUUAGCUCGCUUUGUUGUGGAGUGGGAAUCGGGUAAAGAAGGUUGCACAAUGCAUGUGUCUCCUGAUCAACUUUGGCCUCAUACCAAGUUUUUGGAAGAUUUCAUAGAUGGAGCUGAAGUUGCAUCCCUGUUGGACUGCAUUCGGCUCACUGCGGGACCUUUGCAUGCUCUUGCUGCUGCAACUCGGCCUGCUCGAGCUAGUCCUGCUCCAGGAGUCUCUGGGCCGUCUGGAGUUAUUUCUUCUGUGCCAAAACAGCCAGGAUACUCACCAUUGCAGGGACUUCUGCCGAGCAGUUCAACAACAAAUGUUAAUCAGGCUGCUGCUGCUGUUCCAGCAGGAAAUUCUGCAUCUGCUUCUGCAAGUUCUAUAGGGAACCAUAGCAUCCAUGGGGCUGCAAUGUUAGCUGCAGGGAGAGGUGGCCCUGGCAUUGUACCCAGCUCACUGUUGCCCAUUGAUGUUUCCGUUGUAUUACGUGGACCAUAUUGGAUACGCAUAAUAUACCGCAAGCGUUUUGCAGUUGACAUGCGGUGCUUUGCUGGUGAUCAGGUUUGGCUUCAACCAGCGACACCACCUUCAACACCACCAAGGGGGGGAUCUUAUGUUGGAGGGUCCUUACCAUGUCCACAGUUCAGGCCUUUCAUCAUGGAACAUGUUGCCCAAGAACUAAAUGGAUUAGAUUCCAGUUUCACGAGUGGCCAACAAACAGUUGGCCCAGCAAAUUCAAACAAUCCAAACUUGAGUUCAGGUCCGCAGCUUUCAGCAAAUGGAAGUAGAGUUAACCUUCCUACCUCUGCAGCAAUGUCUAGAGCCGCAAACCAGGUAGCUGGUUUAAAUCGUGUUGGAAAUUCUCUUCCAGGAUCACCAAAUUUGGCUGUUGUGAGUUCGGGAUUGCCAAUACGCCGACCGCCUGGUAGUGGUGUUCCUGCACAUGUAAGGGGGGAACUGAAUACCGCCAUUAUUGGGCUUGGUGAUGAUGGAGGAUAUGGAGGUGGAUGGGUUCCUGUUGUUGCUCUUAAGAAGGUUCUUAGGGGUAUUCUUAAAUACCUCGGAGUUCUAUGGUUAUUUGCCCAGUUACCUGAGCUUUUGAAAGAAAUCCUGGGAUCGAUCUUGAAGGACAAUGAGGGUGCACUUUUGAACUUGGACCAAGAACAGCCUGCCUUGCGUUUCUUUGUGGGAGGCUAUGUGUUUGCCGUAAGUGUCCACAGAGUUCAACUUCUUCUUCAGGUUCUUAGUGUGAAGCGCUUCCAUCAUCAGCAGCAGCAACAACAGCAACAAAACAAUGCUAAUUCUCAAGAGGAAUUAACUCAAUCCGAAAUAAGCGAGAUAUGUGACUACUUCAGCCGACGUGUUGCAUCUGAACCCUACGAUGCCUCACGUGUUGCAUCAUUCAUUACGCUUCUCACAUUACCCAUAUCAGUUUUACGAGAAUUCCUGAAGUUAAUAGCUUGGAAAAAGGGAUUAGCACUAACACAAAGUGGAGAUAUAGCUCCUGCACAAAAACCCCGGAUCGAGUUAUGUCUUGAAAAUCAUACUGGGGUAAAUGUUGGUGAUGCUUCUGAAAGUUCAUCCGCAACUAAAAGCAAUAUCUACUAUGACCGACCUCAUAAUUCUGUCGAUUUUGCCCUGACGGUUGUACUCGAUCCUGCCCUCAUACCUCAUAUAAACACUGCCGGUGGUGCUGCAUGGCUGCCCUACUGUGUCUCAGUGAGAUUAAGAUAUUCCUUCGGUGAAAACCCCAAUGUGUCAUUUCUUGGAAUGGAAGGAAGCCAUGGAGGACGCGCAUGCUGGCUGCGCCUUGACGAGUGGGAGAAGUGCAAACAGAGGGUGGCUCGAACGGUGGAGGUUAGUGGUUCUUCACCGGCAGAUGCAACUCAAGGAAGGUUAAGAAUAGUGGCCGACAAUGUACAAAGAGCUCAUUUGUGCCUUCAAGGAUUGAGCAAUGGUGUUUCAAAGUUGGAUAAAAACCCAACCAACUCUUUUUUGAUAAUUUCAAGUUUUAAGUCUAAAUUGUCUCUGCUGAUUUGAUUAGGGAUAUCACUGUAAAUUUGAUUAGUGUUAAUAUUUUACAUAACUGGCAAGUCUUUUUUUAGAAGAAUUUUGUACUUUCUCCAUAAAAUAGAAUAUUGAUCUUUGCAAUCAAAAACAAAUUAUAUGUA